UUUAGUGAUAGUCUGAGCAGUUACCGCACGAAUCACGGAGAGUUGCCUUCCCUUUAUCCAAUCGCAGCGCGGUGCGCUCGGAUGGGAGUCUCGGAGAUGUCGCUCCGCGCCGUGCUCAGGGCCGUGGCCUCGCUGCCCCGCUGCAGUCCGGGGCUGCUCCUCCCGUCGCCGCCGCCCCCUCCUCCAUCCGCCGCUAUGGCCACGCUCAACCAGAUGCAUCGUCGCGGCCGUCCCGCUCCCCCUCCCCGCAAACCGGGCCCCACUCUCGGCCGCCCCCAAAUUAAAGGGGUGGUGCUGAAAAACCUGAUCCGAAAGCCCAAAAAACCCAACUCGGCCAACCGCCGCUGCGUGAGGGUGCGGCUCAGCACCGGCCGCGAGGUGAUCGCCUUCGUGCCYGGUGAGGGUCACAACCUGCAGGAGCACCACGUGGUGCUGGUGCAGGGUGGGCGCACCCAGGACCUGCCCGGCGUCAAACUCACCAUCGUACGCGGGAAGUACGACUGUGCCCACGUGCAGGCGAAGAAAUGAGGGGGAGAUCUCGUGGGGGGGGGGGUUCCUGGACUAUGACCAGCCCGGGGUGAGGGUCCCCAGGUGGGGGACACACUGGCCCUGGGCGUUUGUUGUUUGAAUUAAAACUUGAGUUGAUGUGG